AUGCCUGCUUCUAGGUUUGAAAAUGAGCUUCAAAAAGUGUAAGUUAAGCCUUGUAAAAGUAGAACUACUCGUAAUAUUUACUUUUGAAUAAGAAAUACUCAUUUUCUUUUCAAAGUUUAAAAAUAUUUACUAAAAUUUAAGCAUAUUUUAGCUUCAACAAAUCAAAACAAUGCUUCCAACGCAAAUUACUGGCAGAAUCCUCAUCAAAAAUAGGCAAAAAGCUUAAUUCUACAGUACACCUUGAUGACAUUACUGUAACAGAAGGGUAAGUUCAUAUAACGUAAACUAAAAUAAAUUUUAAGGUCGGCUAUAUUGCUAGACUGUUUGCCGAAAAAUUCGAAGUCAAUCGUGUUAAUCAACAAUCUACGACAAUAUUCGUACGGUCCUCCAAGUGAAUGUGCCAAAAACUUUGGUAAAGCUUAUCAAAGCAAAGCUGACAGCAGAGUCAAACGUGAAGAUGUUAAGACGGCCUUCUUCAAUGGUCAAGUUGAUGUUUGUAGGUACGUUUUAAGGCCUAUUUCUUACAAGCACCUGGUGGCGCUGAGUUGGACCUAGCACGAGCACACCCUAUUUGUCUCAACUGCUGUUUGUAGUCCUAUAUAGCACGUUGUCUUUUAAUACUACGUAGCACAAAUAAAUAUCAUUUCAGUUUGAUUAUCAACGUUAUGAAUCCAUUCUACUGUGACUUCAAAAAAGCGUGUCCCAAUGACAUCCAAGACUUCCAAGUUACAUAUGCAGCCUUAUAUUCCAUACAGCAAUUGCUUUUGAAGACUGAAAAGCCCCUUGUGUAAGUUGAAAAUGUCCCAUGCAAAACCUAUUUCACAUUAUAAUGUAUAAUCUAGCUAAGUCCACGAGUUGUAGUUCUAAAAUAAUCAAAAAUCUUCUCUACAUAUUCAUCUAGACCCAUAACUUCUUCCCCUCACUUUCAGAUGUAUGCGACACCACAACACCAACGAGCCUCUGGGUGAGGUAAUUAAUCCCAAAGCCUAUGAGAAGACCUUCAACAUUAACAACGACACUUUGAUUGUAAACGACGACAUUUGUGAUGUUGUAGUAGAAGGAAGCGGAGCUGAUCUUGAAGAAGGCUCGGGAAUCGGAGCAUUCCAAUCUGACGCAUCCCAUUUGUCAGAAGUUCAACUUGAAGAUCAGUUCUGGGAAGAGCUGAGGAUAGAAAGAGUACUCAACGAUGCUUUCAACUAA